UUUUACGUGUCAACAUGGCGGCAUCCAUGGCAUCCCAGGCUGCAGCAAGAGGACUGAGGACAGCUACAUCUAAGCACAUUCUUUUGGACAGACUAAAGUGCACCUGGCUGAGUCCUAGAAGAUGGCUGAAUCUACAAGAGUACCAGAGCAAGAAGUUGAUGCAGGAGAGCGGUGUGGCUGUCCAACGCUUCUACGUGGCUGACACAGCGUCUGAGGCCCUGGAGGCUGCAAAGAGACUCAAUGCCAGGGAAAUCGUGCUGAAAGCUCAGAUUCUGGCUGGUGGCAGAGGCAAGGGCAUGUUCGACAGUGGCCUCAAAGGUGGAGUGCACUUAACUAAGGACCCUGCAGUGGUUGGUGAGCUGGCUGACAAGAUGCUUGGUUUCAACCUGACUACCAAGCAGACACCUAAAGGUGGCGUGAAAGUAAAAACGGUGAUGGUUGCUGAAGCCCUGGACAUAAGCAGAGAGACUUAUUUUGCCAUCCUAAUGGAUCGUUCCUGUAAUGGUCCUGUCAUGGUGGGGAGCCCCCAGGGAGGCAUGGACAUCGAGGAGGUGGCUGCCAGCACCCCAGAACUUAUCUUUAAGGAAGUCAUAGACAUAUUUGAAGGUGUGCGAGACGACCAGGCACUCCGCAUGGCAGCUAAUUUGGGUUUCAAAGGACCUCUGCAAAGACAGGCAGCAGAUCAGAUUAAGAGGCUCUAUGAUCUGUUCCUGAAAGUCGACGCCACUCAAGUCGAAGUCAAUCCUCUCGGAGAGACUCCCGAAGGACAAGUGGUUUGCUUUGACGCUAAGAUCAAUUUUGACGACAACGCAGAGUUUCGCCAGAAAGCCGUGUUCGCCAUGGACGACAUGACUGAGAGCGACCCCACAGAGAUGGAGGCAGCCAAGUGGGACCUCAAAUAUAUUGGACUGGACGGAAACAUCGCCUGCUUUGUGAACGGAGCUGGUUUGGCCAUGGCCACGUGUGACAUCAUUGACCUGCACGGAGGAAAGCCCGCCAAUUUCCUGGACCUGGGGGGCGGAGUCAAAGAGCGGCAGGUGUAUGAAGCUUUUAAGCUGCUCACUGCUGAUCCAAAGGUUGAAGCCAUCCUGGUCAACAUCUUCGGGGGCAUCGUCAACUGUGCCAUCAUCGCCAACGGCAUCACCAAAGCCUGUCGAGAGCUGGAGCUGAAGGUCCCGCUGGUGGUCAGGCUUGAAGGAACCAACGUCCACGAGGCAAAGAGGAUUCUGACUGAGAGCGGCCUGCCCAUCACUGCUGCCGAAGACCUGGACGACGCUGCCAAGAAAGCUGUGGCCGCCAUAAAGAAGUAGAAAACUUUAUUUAGAUAUCAUCAGGCUUUUCUUACACAUGCACACCUCAAGCCUUUCCUCACAUAAGCCUUUUUUUCUUCACAUUUCUGUCAACUAGCAAAGAUUUUUUUUGUUACAUCAUCCAUAUCACAUUUGUGAGGAGGCUCUUUUUUAAAUUCUGUAUAAUUUUUUUAAAUGUAAUUACUUUUUUUCCAUUAAAUUUAUAAUAAUUGGGAGAGAAUCACACAAAUCUCUCCAGCCUUCAUGACUUCUAGAUUGAGACCACCACUUUGUGCAUUCCAUUCUCCAAAGCAAUACGCUUUAUUUCUCCACACAUGGUGCCAUUUCUUUUUAGAAAACUGAGCAAAAGAAGACAGUUUUGUACAUUAAAGGCACAGUACGGCGUAAGCUGGGACUCCUAGUGGAUCUAAGUGUGACUUAAAGCAGGGAUGCCCAAGUGCAGCCCUCAAGAUCUACUGUCCUGCAACUUUUAGAGGCAUCCCUUCUCCAACACACCUGCAUCCAAUGAAUGACUCAUUACCAGGCCUCUGCAGAGCGGAAUGACACGUGGAUGAGGGAAUUCAGCCAUUUGAAUCAGAUCUGUUGGAGAAGAAUUGCAUCUAAAGGUUGCAUGAUAGUGGAUCUUGAGGAGGCUCCCCUGCUCUACAGUGUUUAAGUUUGCAUCAGUCCGUCUGUAUCAUUGUGCAAGUUAGAAAGCCUUAUCUGAGUCUCAUUGAUGUCCCUCUCUGAUCAUGUCUUAUUUAAGUGCUACUCUGAUAUUCAGUUCAUCUUCCUCUUUAAUAUGUGCCUGUUAAAUGAAGCCUAAAAGCUUUUGUAAACUGAAAAUGAAUCAAGAAAAAAUUGUUCUUAUCUUUUUUAAUAAUUAUUAACUAUGUAUAUUGAUAUCUUAAAUACAGAAUGAAAUCUAUGUAUAUAAUCUAAGACAUUAAAAACAAAUAUUUCAAAGUGA